GCAACUUGGAGCGCUGCGAAUGUUCUUCCGCCCUACAUCUCGGUCGUGCGACAUUGGCUUCUUGUUCGGUUGUUUCAGAUGCGAAUCGGAUGCCGGUCGUUUAGGACGUGCGGUCGUCGGGAAUCGUUCUAGCCGUGUGUUUUCGUCGUUCCGUGUGGUUCAGCCGUGGAGUUAACGUGCUUCUUUCGGGGGUGCAUUUCGCGUAUUUGAGGUUAACACAGUUGGAUUUGUGAAAACGACCAUAUAUCGUGGAGUAGUGGGUCAGUGGUUCCUAAGCUUUAAUCUCUCCGGUUUGGUCGGGGUAUAACUUGUUGAGGUUUAUCAGCUGUUUGGGUGGGGCUUCGACGAAUGUUUUGUGAAGUAGGUGUGGUGAAUCGAACCACCGAUUAUAUAAGCUGCCCAUCUGGAACCGGAUCCAAGAUAUCCGUGAUUUAAGGCUCAUAAAGUGUUGUUGAUACGAAGAAAUUUCUCAGCGUGAAAUCGAGAAGUGUUAACCGUUCACUGUUGCAGAUUGAAAAAGCUGGGCUACCUUUUUCGAGAGUGAGAGAUAAGGAAGCUCAUUUACAGUUAGUGAUGAUCAGCUCAGUAAGGAGAGUGAGUUAAGGGGCAAGUGCACGUGUUUGCAGAUCGCAUCAUCCUCAGGUGUUAAAAAGGGAAGAAAGCAACUUCAAGAGAGCUUACAUGUGUAACUGUGUGAUAAACAACAUCUCAAUAAGAAUCAUAGUUUGAAGAGAAAUUUUAAAAGUGCACCCUUCUGGCUUGAGUGAAAUCUUUUCAAAAAAAAAAAAAAUCAAAUCAGGCUGUUGAAAUCAAAAUAAAAUAAUCCGAAAUAAAAGUGAAAUAGUGAGGUGAAUGAUAUUACUUUUUAUCAGGGUUUCUUUUUUUUACAAUUGAUGCACGCACUGGCAAAAGUUUGUAUCGAGAGGCAGCCCAAUUGGAGGUGAAUGAACGCCGGAAGCGGAAGGCUAAUGAAACUGUGAAAAAUCAGCAUCAAAACAGCGGCAGCUCGUAAACGGAAGCAGACAUCGCACAGUGACUCCCACUAGAACCGGAACCAGUGGCAGCACCAGCAAAAAAAACAUUCCAACUGGGAUAAAUUUCGGAGCAAACCCACACCGGUAAUUAAAAAUCAACUCGGAGAAUGUUUGUCCCCUGCAGCAUUGCCUGAUACAAGUAAAUUCUUUGUAAGGAGGUUAAAGAUUUGUUUGUUCAGCUUCCUGUCUGGUGCGGCACAAGUAAAUCCUCAACUGUCAUCAUCAUGGUCGCAUUCGGUCCCGGGGAUGCUGCAGCGUCGCCGUGCUAUCACUGAAGCGUGUCACAAUGUCGGAAGCGAGCAGUAGGAACAGCAAAAGAUAAAAAAAAAAACAUACAUAAUUAAGAAAAUAUUUAUGCUUCUCUAAUACACCCACCGCUGGAAAUCGUUCGUUGCUGUCAUAAAGUUCUCAAGUGACGGGAUCAGCAGAAAGUAAACAAAGAAAAAGCGACUCUCAAGUGUUUAUGUACGUCGUAUGGCUACAUAUGGUUGGUGAGCUGUUAUAGUGCUAUUUACUUCUGUGUUUGAUUGCUGUGAAUGAACUGUCAAGGACUUGCGGGAAACAAAAUUAAUAGUUCUAUGACGAAGAGAGGUUGAGAGAUGGCGCUAGUUAAUUUCUUUAUGAACAUUCUGCCCCGUUGAAGAACAGCAGGUUCCGUUCACUUUACGACCUGUUGUUGAUUUUUCCUAGGGGUAAAAUCUCAAGAACGAGAGCGAUUUGUUUACAUUGACAAUCGACUGGGACGCCUAAUAGUAGGCUAGGGCUUUUGGCAACUACUUCUAGGCUGUGAAAUCGGUAAGGGCAAAGGGCCGUAAAAACCCAGCAACUCUUCCGCAAACCAGCCUACUUAUAAUAGGAUCUUCGUCGUCGUCGUCGUCGUGUAAAACAAACAAAGGAGGCGUGGAGAACGAACUAUUCCGAACCGGCUACCCCAUAGGGACGUCCCCUCGGUCCAUCCGAGCUCGACCCUUUCCUUUGUGUAACAGCUGAGCUCAAGUGGGUAAUUAAAAUUUAAUGGCGGAACAACUCAAUCACAACCGUCGACGAAUAGACGCUGCUUCCGCUUGUUCUUCUCCUUCUACUGGCAGCAGCUCUUCAACGAUGAAAAUGAUGAUGAUGGUGGGAAAAGUGUAAACAAAGUGUGAACCACACGGCAAGUAAACAAGAAGAAAAAAACAAGUCAAGCGAUCCUGCAGCUGAAACGACUGCCGGGAAGCCCGGAAAACGAGACAGUUUGGAAUCGCGUUUCGGUUCAAGAAAAAUCAAAAAUCAUGUGGCGCUUGCUAGCAGCUGGUGGCGUUGCGGCAAUGCCGACGACUGGCAGCACGGGAAUGGGUUCAAGAUUUUAUGGCAGCAGCAGCAUCUCCCGAUCAAAUGGCGGAAGUAGUGUUUGGAGGCGGUUCAUCGUCACCGUAGGCGUUCUGCUGCAGAUCCUGGCUAAUUGUGAUUUCGGUUCCGGAGCGAUUCGAACGGUAGAUCUGGUGGUGGAUCCGCCGGCCGUCCGGAGGUCCCAGCACGCUACCCUGCGCUGCCUCUACGAUCUGGACGAUUCGCCGCUCUACUCGGUCAAAUUCUACCGGGGCCUGCGGGAGUUCUACCGGUACUCACCCAGUGAAUAUCCGGAACGGAAGACCUUCCCGUUUCCGGGCAUCAACGUUGAUCUAUCACUUUCCAAUGCCAGCCAGGUCGUGAUCCGGAACGUCGGAUUUGGACUGUCCGGGAACUUUUCCUGCGAGGUGACCGCCGAUGCGCCCUCCUACUCGACCGCCACCGGACACAUUCAGAUGCAAGUGGUCGAACUACCGGACGGUGGUCCCACCCUGUGGACGGAACAGAACCGCUACGAGCCGGGCGAUGUCCUGCGAGCCAACUGCAGCUCCCCACCAUCGAGGCCCAAGGCCGAACUGAAGCUGACACUCAACAACAUUGUGGUGUUCACCCCGGAUCCGGUGGUCCGGAUGACGACAGACAGCCUGAUGACCUCGGCCGUCUCGCUGAGGCUGCACCUGCAGAGUUCCCACUUCAACGGGGGUCUCCAGAUGGGCGGCGGAGGCCAUGGAGGUGGAACCCUGGUGCUCCGAUGUACCGCCACCAUCGGGAAGCUGUACGAGCGAUACUCGGAACGGGAGCUCGGGGUACCGCAACGUGAUCCGGUGCCUGCAAGAGUGACUCUUACCGGAUCCAGCUCGAUCUGCAACAUUCCAUCCCUGGCUGUGCUUCUGGUCAGUAGCGUUUUGCUGGCAUUCUCCCAAAUCACCCAGAAUCCUUUCCGCCAGGACCAAGGUGGGUUCCGACAACUUCUGGCAUCGAUAGCGGGGCACCCGAGAUAGUCUGCUUGAAAUUCCGAUUCCCGUUAGUGAAAAAAAAAAGAAGGACAGCAAGUGUCGCAGUCCUCUAAAAAACAGAAAAAAAAAAUCCGAUCUGUUCGUGUUUAUGUUCUGUAUGUAAGAAUAUGAAGCAAAUAAAUUUGAUAUAAAAUAAGCUAGGUGGAAAACUGGGAGCUGUGGGUUGAUAAAAUAAAACAAAAACAAAGCCAAAGAAGAGAGCAAAGUUGUAGAGAUGAGAGACGUUAGACGGAGUAUAGAGAGGGCAACAAGAAAAAAAACGAAACAAAUACAGACUCUAAAGUAGAUUCUAGCAAAUAAAUGUAACACAGAUAAUUGAAAACAUUUACCCCGAAGUGCGGAGCAGAUGCAUCGUCUGAAUGCUGUGAAUCCAAGAUAAUAGGAUUGAGACGACAAAAAAAAUAAGAGAGAGAGAGAGAGGAAAAAAACAAAAUGGCAGUUCGAACUGCUGUCAACGGUUUGAUGGCGGCUAUUGGAGCUUCAGUUUUUAUUUCAAUCAGAAGCUACGACGAUGACAAUUCGAAGCAGUUAUGGAGAAAAUAAAAUGCUGAUGUCGAUGACGACGAACAGAGAGUCUGUGUAAUGGUAAUUUUAUAUAUUAUGAAGCACACACACAAACACACUUACAUGUAUAUUUAGUGAGAUGAGAAUAAAAGCAGAACUAAGACGAAAGAGCGAAACCAAUGUUUGAGGAAGAGAAGAAAAAACGCAAGUAAAUCAACAUAGGUGAAACCAAAAACAAAAAAAAAGGACACAUUGAGAAAUGAUACUAGGGUAUUCUAGCGAUAGUGUUUAGUAAGUAAGAAACCAGGAGCUAGCACCAGCUGAACGAGCUAAAUCAAAUUCAAUUCUCAGCCGUGAAAGUGUGAGGUCUUAACUUUUGUUUUGUUUUUCAAAAUCAGCUUUUUGAAUAUCACUUUUCAUUCCGAACUUACACAAUAAUGGGUUUUAAGCGUUAACCCGGAAUCGCGAAAUUUUGUUGGUUUGUUUUAUAUUUCACGGAAACAAAUUUAAACACCUUCAAAGCUUUUGAAGUUCAUGCAAAACAUUUUCAUUGUUGUUUCACACAAUUUAACUAAUUCAAUUUAUUUUUUUACGUCAGCAUUCGAAGAUAAGCACAAAUGACCCAUUUUUUAUUCAUAAAAUAAUUGAAAUCAUUAGGCGUAGGUUUUCGAAAUUUUUCUUGCAAAAUUUUUAUUGUGACUUUAUAAUGUUUGGAGUUGGAAUAGAAUGAACAUCAGAAAGAAAACGAUGGAUUGAGUUUUUUUUAAACGAUUAAACGAAUUUCGUCUCCCUUCAAUCAAGUCCCAUAUUCAAGUUUUACUCAUUACGAAAAAUUUCCACCUUUGUCCAAAGCACGUGAAUCAACAAGAAAAAAACCAAUCGAAACGGAAUCUCCGGGUGAUUAAAUUUAAUUUCAAUUUCAACAAUCAACCGAAAGAUGUGAAUCGAAAUAGCUACCACUUCAAAUGAAUGGGUUCUCCGAUGUGCGAUAGGAAUUUUCUCAAAAAUGCUAAUGGUUAUUGAACUAGUUUAAUCGGUUUUCCGCUAGCCUGGAGCAAAAUAGAUAGCACAAACCCACACAGAGACACACAGUUGGGUGAUUCCAUUUCUUAUUUCCAGCGAACAGGAGGGAGGCAAAUUAUACGGGAAAAGUCCUCCAGCAUCGGUUCGACUUAUUCGCCCCGGUCUGGGAGAUGUGUGUCUCUAAUUUGUUAGAAUAAAAGUAGCAAACCGUGUGAUGUGGGAAUGUUUCGGGUCGGCAUGAGAUAACGAUGAUUGAGGUUAUGCAUUCAAAUGAGCGAAGGAAAUUUCGGGAAAACGUGUGUAUCGUGUGUAUUGAUGAGUUUGCUUCUGCCAAAUAAUAAUGAUAAUUAGGACGAAUUUGAGGUAAAAAAGGCCGCCGGCAUCAGCAGCAGCUAGCAAAAAAGCAGGCAAACGAGCUAUUAGGAUCUCUCCGAAGGCUAAGAAAUAAAAUGAACUCUCUGAGCCUCUGGGGAUAGAAAAAAAAUAACCAGAGAAAACAAAGCGAGAGGGAAUGUUCUUAAUUGCUGCUACUAAUCGUUACUGUAAAUGUUAGAUAUACUAUACGGAUUAUACAGAAACAGAGUCGUUUUCCCCCCAAAAAAGGAAGAAGACGAGAAACUGGAAGAAUUUGAUGAAAUAAAACCCUGAAUAAAAAUAAAAA